AAAAUAAUCUACUAAAAGGAAAACAUUAUGAGAGACGAAGUUCCAAAAAAGCGACACUGUUCAACUUCAACAAUUAAUGCGUAUUGCGACACAAACGACUCAGGGAUGUUUAACCAACUUUUAUAACGGAAGCAAUGAAUUUUGACAUAUUAAUCUUCCUAAUAAGUGCUGUUUCUGUUAUCGUUUUGUUGUCAGCGAUUGUCGUGGUAUUUAAAUGUCUUCGUAAAAACUCGACACUCUAUAGCAAAGUAAAAGAAAAUGACAAUCCCAAAGACGAAUUUGGGUUUGUUGUGCCAACGCACAUACCAAAAAUUUUCACGUUUCAAGACUACGGUAACAAUACUGAUUCUACUGACAGCGGGGAAAUUGAUGCUACCAUGAUUGAUCCAGAACUCUACAAGCACGCAAUCGAAGAACAUACAGAUGUUAUUGUUACUGGACCUGGCAGGUUGUGUUUUAGCGUAAGAUAUGAAACUGAAGACGAAAAACUAAUUGUUGAUUUGGUUUGUGCGGAGAGAAUUCGACAAAGACGAAGAAGUUCGACGACCAGUUCAGCGACACCUUAUGUAAAAAUUUGUCUGCUUCCUGACAAAAAGAAAAAGUUACAGACCAAAGGACGUCAAAAAACAUCAAAUCCGUUGUUCAACGAAACGUUUUUCUUCUUUUGUCCUUUCUCUGAAUUGAAAGAACGUACUUUGAGGUUCACAAUCUUUGACUUUGAUAGAUUCUCUCGUCAAAGUGCGGUCGGAAGGGUUUUGUUUCCAUUGGAGGAAAAUUAUGAGCAAAUUCUUAAAGAAGAAGGUUGUAUAGAAAUCUGGCGUGAGAUUGAAGAUUGUGGAAACUGUGAAGUUGAGAAUGCAUGUAUCGGAGAAAUUCUCUUCUCGCUGCAAUAUUUGCCAGCAGCGAAGAGAUUGGCAAUUUCCAUCAUGAAAGGCAAGGGGCUUGGUGUCGAGGGAACCCUCAAGAAGCCAUCGAUUGUCGUGAAAAUAUCUAUGAUAGCUAUGAUUGGUGGCAAGACAGUUCACGUACGAAGAACAACAAAGAAACACAGCGUCGAGCCAAUUUUUAACGAAUCUUUUCAUUUUGAUUUACCUGAUGAUUUAUUAGACCACAGCAGUCUUGUUUUAACUGUAAAAAACAACAAAGAAAUAAUUGGAAAAGUUGUAGUGGGACCUGAUAUGUUUGCCACUGGAACCGGGCUUUAUCAUUGGAAUUCAAUGCUUAAUUCGCCACGAAAUGCUGUGGCAAUGUGGCAUAGUUUGUCCUAGAUCACUAAUUGUACAAAUAACGGUUUGAAAACUUCGAGUUCGUAUUUACCAAACGGGAGGUUCAAGAUAUUCAGUUGAAAUCUCCAACAAUGCUCUCGGCUCUGCGAUGUAAGAGCGAGUCGGAACUGUAAAAAAGCCCAUACUUAUAAAAUAACUUGUAUGGGCGUUGUGAGCAUAUCUUGUAAUGGAAAUACAUAUACAAAUGAAUUGAUACAUAUAUUUAGCUAAGACAUAGACGGAAUGUAUUUUUGGUAUUGAAGGAAGAUAAAAAAUAGAGGAAAAUUCGUAUUCAAAUUAACAUUCAUGCUAAAGAUGCAGAACAGAUACAUAUAUAAUAUUUAUGGUAUCAAGGGUGUAACACACACUCCUUAAAAUAC